AGACAUCUCCGAAGUUCGUUCUCUACCUGAAAUGUUUCUUCUUGGGGAAAAUGGUUCAGAUGCAUCAUUUUAUCUUGACUGAUCAAGACAGUGGAUUUAUAUCAGCUGAUGUUGGAGACAACUUGACUUUGCAGUGUUUCUAUGAGAGGAAUGACAAAAGAAUUUAUUGGUACAAACAAACACCAGGACAGAAACCUCAAAUUAUCUCAAUGACGUACAAAUUCUCUGAAGAUUUUCUUUUAUUGAAUGAAUUCAAGGACAAUCAACGCUUCACUGUGGAAUCUAAUGAUGUUGUGAGUUGCCUAAAUAUCUCAGAUCUGCAGCUUUCAGACUCAGCUACUUACUACUGUUCAAAGGGUAAUACAAUAUAUAAGUUUGAGUGUAUGCAUAGUGUCACUGUUAGAGUGAAAGGUUCAGGGUCUAACAUCCAGGCUCUGGUGCAUCAAACUGAGAGCAUCCAGCCAGGAGGCUCUGUGACUCUCAGCUGUACAGUUCGAACUGGGACAUGUGAUGGAGAACACAGUGUUUACUGGUUCAAGAACUCUGAAGAACCUCAGCCAGGACUCAUUUACACCCAGAGAGACAGGAACGAUCAAUGUGAGAGGAAACCCGACAAUCAGACACACUGUGUCUACAACUUGUCAAUGGAGAGACUGAACCGUUCUCAUGCUGGGACCUACUACUGUGCUGUCGCUGCAUGUGGACACAUUGUGUUUGGAGACGGGACCAAGCUGGAGUUUGAUGAUGAGGUGGACUGGCUGGUGGUUUUCUUGAGUGCGACUUCAGCAAUCACCACCUUGCUGAGUGUUCUACUGGCUUUCUCAAUAUGCAUGAUGAGGGUUACAGAUCCCCAUGCUCCAUCCUCGAAAAUAAAUGCCAAGGAUGAGCAGAAUGAAGACGACCCCUGCUUCAUUGCUCACAGGGAGAUACAGAUGAACAGAUCCAGAGGACAGAGGGAUGAUACCUGGAGUGAAUGUGUGUACUUGAGUGUGAGGCAGUAGAGCUGGACACCUUCUGUAUAUGUAUCCGUGUUUAAUCACCACAUUAUGUCUUUACUGACAUCAGAACAGUCCUGUAAAUUAGAUUUUUACCUCCG